AUGUCUGCCUCCUCGUACAACAGUCAAGCGGGAACAUGGCAGGAGCGUCUGGAAGACGCCUGCCGCGAGGCAAACAUUCUCCCACCGGUAUUCCAGAUCGUUUCUGAUCGACGUGGCGGCCGUACCGCCUGGUCCAGCCGAGUCACCGUCCACGGACGCACCCUCUCCGCACGAUUUUGGUACGACGGCAAGAACCUCAACAAUGCGAAAGAAGACGCCGCCGAAAUGGCACUCAACUACCUCACUGGAUCGAACCCCAGCUCGCCAGCCAACAGCAGAGGAAGCUGGUGA